AUGGUCGAAGGUCGACCUGAGGCAAAAGCCAGCGCGAUGCAGCAACCUUUGCCUAGGACCUCGAUGAAUGACCUCAAAGUAGUACUGGCCGAAAUGGUCAAGAACGCAGACCAUAUCAAGAGCUACGAUGAGACACUUGCAGUACAGCAAGAGAAACAGGCCGCCGCGCUGCAAGACCAUGCACCGCUAGAUAUCCGCACCGACUGA